UUAUCCCAAACCUUACCUUCAACCGAGGUCCAGGAUUGCAGGAGCGUACUUAGUCGAGUACUAAAUGUUCCUGAGUAUUCCGGUCGUGUGAGGGGUAAGGGUUUUGGUGUGACUCCGUCGUCAUUUUAUAAAAAACCAAAAACAAAAAAUCCUACCAACAAAGAGGUGAUGGAGACCUUGGCGGAGUUAAGGGCACAAGUACUCCAACUGCAAAACGAGAAUGCAAGGUAUAGAGAGGAAAGGUGCGCUUCCGAGGCAAAAGAUACUAGUGACCGAGCUAGUAUCAAUUGUCAACCGAAAUUUCCCGAGGGCAUUUCACCUUGUCAGCUGUAUCUAUCGUCACCAACUUAUCGCAUAGUUGGCAAGGGAAAAGUGCACAAUACUUCGGGUGAAUUACUUCACCAUAAUCCCCUCCCGGUGGGAUAUAUGAAAGUUUCGGUUGACCUUGUAUUAGAUACGGACGCCCUUCUACCAUUACCUGACGUUGUUUCAGAGACAACGUUGAUGCGAGAUUGUUUGUAA